UACAAACAGAAUGGAGAAGGCAGUUCACUCAUCGACGACGUCUGGACCGGCUGUUCCAGGGGAUGCAACGAAGACCGGAACAUCCAUAAUCGACACCGCCGCCUCUGCCGUUCAAAGUUUUGCUCCGGUUAACAAAAUCCACCAACAUCUCUGCGCGUUCCAUUUCUAUGCUGAUGACAUGACACGACAAGUAGAAGCUCACCAUUUCUGCAGUCACGUGAACGAAGAGAUGCGUCAGUGUCUGAUCUACGACGGUCCGGAUGCAAAUGCUCGUCUGAUAGGAUUGGAGUACAUAGUGACAGAGAAGUUGUUCAUGACUUUGCCUGACGAAGAGAAGAAGCUUUGGCACUCGCACGAGUGGGAAGUGAGAGGGGGUUUCUUGUUCAUGCCUGGUGUUCCUGGUGCCAUUCAACGUCAAGAUCUUGAUAAAGUCGCUAAGACUUAUGGCAAAGUUUUCCAUUUUUGGCAAGUUGAUUUGGGCCAUGAGCUUCCCCUUGGUUUACCUAAUAUCAUGAUGGCUGUUACCCGCGAU